UUAAUUGCUUGAUGACUUCAUCUUCUUUGUAGGGAUAUACUUCUAGAUUAUGGAGAACAUGUAGUGAAACUUGGAAUGACACUCUUUGAAUUACUAUCAGAAGCUCUUGGAUUGAAUCCAAACCAUUUAAAAGACAUGGAUUGUUCUAAGGCGAUUAUGUUACUUAGCAACUACUAUCCUGCUUGUCCUGAACCAGAAUUAACUAUGGGACUCACCAAACACUCGGAUAGUAGUUUUAUCACAUUGCUUUUACAAGAUCAUAUUGGCGGUCUUCAAAUCCUUCAUCAGGACAAUUGGAUUGAUGUACGACCAAUACCCGGGGCUAUUGUUGUUAAUAUUGGUGAUGUUAUGCAGCUUGUAACAAAUGACAGGUUCAAGAGUGUUGAACAUAGAGUAUUGUCCAAUACCACUGGUCCCAGAAUAUCUGUUGCAUGCUUUUUCAGGGGACAAGAAAAGUUGUAUGGACCUAUAAAAGAAUUAUUAUCAGAAGACAAUCCUCCCAGAUACAGAGAAACCACUUUUUCUGAUUAUUUAGCUCACUUCUAUGCAAAAGGGCUUGAUGGCAUAUCUGCUCUUGAAUAUUUCAAGCUUUGACUUGGAUAAUGUCGAUUGAGCAAAAUAAUAAUAGUUCAAUAUGAUUGUAGAUGUUAUUCUUGGACUUGAAGUUUGUGAUUUAUGUUUCUCCAAGUACAUUGCUGUCAUAUGUAAAAUAAAACUGUAUGAAAACCAUAUCUGUAAAAUAAUACACCGAAGAAAUUUCUAUGUACAUAUAACUUA